AUGUAUCAAACUUUGGGAUUUAAAGAUCCUGAUAAACCUGAUCAUGUUUGUUUAUUAGAGAAGUCACUAUAUGGUCUGAAACAGGCACCCCGUGCGUGGUACAAACGUUUUGCAGAUUUUGUGGCUACUAUUGGUUUUGCUAAUAGCAAAUCUGAUACCUCUUUGUUCAUCUAUCGCCAUGGUAAUGAUACUGCUUACAUACUUCUAUAUGUUGACGAUAUUGUGCUUACUGCUUUGUCGGACUCUCUCCGACGACAUAUUAUUUCUCGGCUCAACUCUGAAUUUGCCAUGAAGGAUUUGGGUCCUCUGAGUUAUUUUUUGGGUAUUGCUGUUACGAGAGGUAAAAAUGGUUUAUUUUUAUCUCAAAAGAAGUAUGCAGAGGAAAUUUUGGAAAAAGCAGGAAUGGAAAAUUGCAAGCCUUCGCCUACUCAUGUUGACACCAAAGGCAAAUUGAGCACUCAGGAGGGUGCUCUGUAUGAUGAUCCUACUUCUUAUCGGCGCCUCUGUGGUGCUUUACAGUACUUGACAUUCACCCGACCAGAUAUCUCUUAUGUAGUUCAACAGGUCUGCUUAUUUAUGCACUCACCCCUUGUUGAGCAAUUGGAUGCGUUGAAACGCAUUCUACGGUACAUUAGAGGUACGACGUAUUUUGGUUUGCAAUUACAUAAAUCUUCUGUUUCUUCUCUUGUGUCAUACACGGAUGCAGAUUGGGGCGGGUGUCCGGAUACUCGUCGUUCUACAUCAGGGUAUUGUGUGUACCUUGGUGAUAAUCUGAUUUCUUGGUCUUCGAAACGCCAACCCACUUUGUCUAAGUCCAGUUGUGAAGCAGAGUACAGAGGGGUUGCCAAUGUGGUUUCCGAAUCCUGCUGGGUUCGCAAUUUGUUGCUCGAGCUAUUUCUUCCUAUUUCGAAAGCAACAUUGGUUUAUUGUGACAAUGUUAUUGCAAUUUAUCUCUCUAGUAAUCCGGUCCAACAUCAGCGCACUAAACACAUUGAGAUGGACGUACACUUUGUACGUGAAAAAGUUCAAAAAGGCGAAGUUCGUGUCCUACAUGUGCCUUCCCGAUACCAGAUUGCAGACAUCUUCACCAAAGUUCUGCCUAAGGUUUUAUUUGAUGAUUUUCGGGACAGUCUAAGCGUUCGUGGUCCUCCCGUUUUGACUGCGGGGGAGUGUUAG